CCCUUGAGACUUUGUCUCCCUUCGUUUGCUUCGCCUCGACCUCCUCCUCCUCCUCCGCCGCCGCCGACGAGGUCUUCCCGCCGCCGGCCACGAUGAUGAAGGAAAAGAUGAAGGAUCUCAUGAGGAAGGUCACCUCCUCCUCCUCCUCCUCCUCGUCGUCCUCCUCCUUCAAGGGCACCGCCCACGUCCUCGGCUCCGGCCCCGACCCCUCCUCCCGCCCCUCCAACCCUACCCCUAGUCGCCCCGCUGCCCCCCGGCGAGAGGCCGCCGCCUCCGCGAGGCCGCCCUCCUCCGGCUUCGCCCCCUACUCCCCGCUCAUCUCCACCUCCUCCCGCCGCACCGACCCACCCGCGGGGGCGGGGGCGGGGGAGGACGACGCCGUCGCGUGCCCCAGCUGCGCCGAGCCGUUCCCCUCCGAGCUGGCGGUGUCGGACCACCUCGACGGCUGCCUCGCGGCGGCGGGGGGAGCCCGCCCCCGCGCGGCCGCCUACCUGGCCGGCGACCCCCCCGCGUCCGCCGUGGAGGUGGUGAAGAGGCUGCUCGGGAACCUGCUCUCCGACCCCCGGAACGACAAGUACAGGAAGGUCAGGCUCGGGAACCCGAGGAUCAAGGAGGCCCUGGCGGACAGGGAGGGCGGGGUGGAUCUCCUCGAGGCCGUGGGGUUCAGGGUCGCCGACGAGGGCGGGGAGCUCUUCGCCCUCAUGGACGAGGUGCCCGGGGACGCGAGGCUCGGCGGCAUCAGGCAGGCCGUGCUCCUGCUCGAGAGGGCCCGGCCAUCGACGCCGCCGCAGACACAGGCAGAUGCCAAAGAGACUUGCCCGAAUGGAGUUAGCGAAGAGCAGGGGAUUAAGAAGCCGGUUGAUCGUCAGAUUCGGGUGUUCUUCUCUGUUGCUGCAAGUUCUGUUGCAGAAAAUGAUCUACCAGAUUCUUUCUAUAGCCUUAGUAAUGAGGAGAUCAGGAAUGAGGCAAAGAUGAGGAGGGAGAGGCUAGAACAAUCUCGGUUGUUGAUUCCAAAGUCAUAUAAGGAGAAGCAGGCACUGGCUGCCCGACAGAAGUAUAAACAAGCUCUGAUUCGAAUUCAGUUUCCGGAUGGAGUAAUUCUGCAGGGUGUGUUCCUUCCCGCGGAGCCCAUUAGUUCACUAUAUGAGUUUGUCGCAUCUUCUUUGAAGCAGCCAAGUUUGGAAUUCGAUCUUAUCUGUCCAGCGGGUCCUAGGACACGCGUCAUACCUCCUUUUCCAAAACCAGGGGAACAGGCACGCACACUGCGGGAUGAAGACCUAGUCCCUUCUGCUCGGCUCACCUUCAAGCCCAAAGAGACUGAUUCGGUUGUGUUCACUGGUCUGUUGGACGAGCUUCUUGAGACCAGUGAGCCGUUCACAUCUGCAUCCUCAUGAACCGUGAAUACCGCGGGCAAUUAUUUCGCAGCUGCUGACUUCCAUUGUGUAAAACAGAUAUCCGAAUGCUCUGUUACAUGGCUGUAAUUUGACACAGGGCUAUUGAAGGCUGGAUACCUGAUAUGUGAUACAUGUAAUUGCUUGGCAAUUGCCAAAUGACAAACCAUACCGUAGAAGAGGCCAACAAUUCAUCAGGCCUAGGCCUACAUUCUUCUGUAACUUGUGCGAUGAGUGGGCUAUCUGUACAAAAACAAUACAUGGAAACAUCUCUUGGGUUUCAUGUUUGCUGUUGUGAUUCUCAAUAUGGCAGCUUCUGCCAAAUCAAUACUACAGUAUACUAGUAGUUCUGGUCUGACAUA